AAAUUUUAGAGAUUUGAAGGCCUUGGGUUUUGUAGCGCGGGCGACUGAAAGAGACUUUGCAAUAACCAAGGAGGAGAGAUCAUCUGGAGAAUUGAGGAGCUCAGUACAACUUCCCCAGAAGAGCCUUGUCCAACGGGACGGGAAAAAUGAACCUGUGACGUGACGAAGGAGUCUUGUAGGCUAGCUGCCCAAAAAUUACAGCAGCAGUAGUCGUGGCCGAGUGGUUAAGGCGAUGGACUAGAAAUCCAUUGGGGUCUCCCCGCGCAGAGCCAGAAGAGGGAGAGAAAAACAACCGAGACAAGCCAGAGGCCAAGUGGCCGCCAGAAUUCCUGCCUCCUCCCCGGCGCAGACUGGCAUACCCGAGAGCAGCGGAGGAGAACCCGCGUUCCGAGCCCCAGGGAAAUCUCUCGGGUUCGGCCCCACGCGCACCCCGGAGGGUAAGAGGAGAGGGGGAAGGGAAGCGCGUCCUCCAAAGCCCACCCCCUACGCGCCCGAACCAGAGGCUGGCAGCGAAGUUAGUGGCAGGGGGCGCGCGAGGGCGGAAGACAGCGCGCGCCACCGGGCUACGCGUUGCCCUAGGCAACCAGCGGGCACUAUGGGAUGACAGUAGCGUGGAAUGGGAAAGGAGCGGGGGGCGGUGGAAAGAAGGGCAGGGACCGGCCAAGAUGGCGGAGGACCUUGACGAACUGUUGGAUGAGGUGGAGUCCAAGUUCUGUGGGCCCAAAUCGUUGAGCCCGGAAUAUCUCGAGAGGCCGUCGGCCAGGGGCACCACGACAAGCUCCAGCAGGACCAGCACCGACCGAGAGAUGGAGGACUAUGACGAAGACGACGAGGACGACGACGACGAUGACGACUUCAGAUCAACUAAAACAUCAUCAAAAGGUGAUGAUGAUCUUGAUGGCCUAAUUAAUGAAAUCUUUGAAGAGCCCUGUUUUCACAGAAAUCCUGUUAAAUUAAAAUCUAAAUCUUCAAAUAACACAUCUGUCAGAACUUCUAUUCAAAUGCUUGGCAAAAGAUGCAGUCCAGUAUACCUUGGAGGAAGCUCUGCUCCAUGUGGUAUAGGAACAAACACUUCCCAGAGAACAUGUGACCAGUUGCGCUGUACAGCCUGUGAUUUUCGUGUAUUAAGCUUUGAUGACUACAUGUGGGAUAAAUCCUGUGAUUAUCUGUUUUUCAGGAAUAACAUGCCUGAAUUCAGCAAGUUGAAAGCAAAGAUGAUAAAGCAGAAAGGCACACGAGCCUAUGCUUGCCAGUGUAGCUGGAGAGAUAUCAAAGAACUCACUGACCUCCGGACUGAUCAGCAACUUCGAUGGGUUUGUGGUAAACAUAUCGAGUGAAGUUUUCUCACCUCAAGCCUUUUGUUAGUAUGGAAAGGCCAGCUUUUAUCUGAACAGACUCUGGAAUGAUUUUAUGGUUAAGUAAGGAAGACAAUUAUCAUUUGUGCCUCUUGGCAAAAGAGAGUGGAUUUAUUUGGCUGAUUACAUUUUACAAAUUUCCACAAGUCCAACAGGCUAGGAAAGAUAAUCAGGAUUUAACGCUUCAGAAUCAUUCUUCUCUGCUUACUCACUAAUAUAUGUAAGCAGGAUCACAAGUUAAACUCUCCCUAUUUCUUGACACCCUGAUAUUUGCCCUCCUAUCUGUCUCUUUUUAGGCCACUUGAUGUUCUUCUAGCAUCAAAUAUCUAUGAAGUCUUAUUAACAACUACAAUAAUAUAAACUAGAGACAUCCAAUAUAAAUAUUGCUUGUGUAUAUAGACAUUAAAGAAAUGCUAACCACUGCACACAGAAAAGUCCCUAGCCCCUAGCUCUAAACCAUAUGUGCAUUGGUAUCUUCUAUAUCUGUCCAAUUUAGUAUUGCCAAAGACUAUAAUAAGAUGUAGCAGAAACCACAGAUUGACAGUGAAUUCUUCCCCAGCUGAUGUUCUCUCAUCAUCUCUGGAGACAUUUUACAGAAUUCUCAAGUAAGAUUACCCAUUUUUGGCAUAACUAUCCUCAUCUUGGUCACCUUUACACUCUCCAUUACACUCAGAAAAAUAUCUUUUGAUUGGCCAUUGUAUUUGUGCAUGGUUGUGUUUGGGCAUGAGAAUUUUUGGUGAACCAAAAACAAAUAUUAAACAAAAAUAUAUACAUAAUACAUAAAUGCAACAAUGAUAUAUAGAUGCCAUUGUUUUCAUUUUAUAGGCCCUUUUUAGCUUUUGACAUAUUACAGGAAGUAAGUACAGAGUAGUGCUCAUGUAACCUUAAAUUUGCCAAUGGAUUAUUUUUUAGAUGUUGGCUAGAGAAUAGAAUUGAAAAGAAGCCCAAUAAAGUGGCAUGUCUUCAUGGAAAACUCACUCAUAAUCCCUCUUACUACAGCCAUUAGAUUGAAGGGAAAUAUUAGACCAGACUGAGAUUAUCUAGGAAUUUCCCAAUUUGCUAUAAUCCAAAGAAAUUCCAAAGAAUCUACCAAUAGGAUCCCUAAAUACAUAGCUCAACGCAUACUAGAACCAUACUUUUCAUAUCACUUUUCUUGAAAUAUCCAAAGACGAAAAAGCUGCAUCUGAUCACAAAAUCUUUCUCUAGCCAUAACAGUAGCCAUAACAGUGAUGUGCAAAAUGCUAAACUUACUCUAUUAAUAAAGUUGGCAUAUGUCAAUAUUGAAAAUCUGGUUAUGGCAUUCAAUCUACAGAGGGGCUUACGGCUAUUUUUAUAGUAACUUUUUAUUACUUGAAAAUCACUUGAGUCCAGAAAAAUUAUUAUGAAUAUAUUUGCCAAAAAGAAAAACCAUUAAAGUCACCUAUUCCAUAAAAUCACAGACUAAAACACAUGUACAGGGACUAGACCUACUAGAUAUAUUGGUUAUAAAUAUAUCAAUAUAGCCAUUGUUGGGGGAAGGGGAGUUAGGCUGGGAUAGAAGUUUCUUUUACUGAAAUUUUUGUUCAAAAAAGUUAUUUUAUUCAAAUUUUGGAGGCCCUUAUCUUCAUUUUUCUGUUUCCAUUAGUCUAGUAUACCUGACCUGUGCCUUCAAUCCAACAUUUUAUUGAUAAUAAUAUCCCAGUGUCAGAAAAAUAGUUUUGAGUUCUCAUCAACUUUUUAGUACCAUACUAUUUUGUAUCUAAAAUGCGGAUAAAGUAUUAUGUUUAUUUAUAAAUGGAUAUUUUAUUAUAGAUUAUAAUUUGGUUAAAAUAUGACUUUUAGUAUAAUAGAGAAGAAAAUUAUAUCUCCAAAUCUUAGAAAAAUAGAUUUUAAGCUGUUUUCAGAUGUCCUACCAUUACUGAAUUUAAAAAUUUUUUGUCUUUACCUAAUGUAUAUCUUGUAAAAAAAAAAAAAGUAGCCAGUGCACUCAGACCUUGAUCCUGCCUCAAUAAGAUGUCAAAAAUAAGAUUCAUGGUCUAUGUAUUUUCAUAUUUUCUAUAUCAUUCAAUAAAGGUAGUACUGUAAGAGUUAA